CUGUCUUGUCAUUACUUUGACAAGCUUGAUAAUUAUUCUGAGGCAAAAUGUAAAUAUUUUUUGGAUUACUUGAUAUUUAUCAAAUUUAUAAGAAGAAAUUAUUCCAAAUUUUAUAUACGAAUCGUACAUUUGAACUACAUUUUUUGUAAUGUAUGGAUUCACCUACCCUUUAAUUUUCACAAAACUUAUAUGCCUUUUGACAGCCUUCUUAUUCAACUUUACAUUAUUGAAAAUAACCAGAGUUUACGCCUUCACGUGAUAAAUGGCCGAAUGUUAUACAGAGAAUCAAAAUGAGUAAUAUGGAAAGCCCAUCGAGCCCUGUGGUUGUAAAUAAAAUCUUCAUUAAAGAAGAAAUUUAUUCCUUGAAUAAUGGAAUUGAACAAAUAAAUGAAAAUAAUCCAAAAAUGGCUUUCGAGAUUAGUAGCAAUGAUAAACUGCACACGACAGUGCAUAUUAAAGAAGAAUGUGCUGAAGAAUACAAUGAAUUUAUUAACAUUGAAGAUUCAAGUAUUUCCUACAAAGAUGAUUUUACUGUGAAGCAGAAUGAAGAAAUAUGUGUAAAAAGUGAAAACGAAGAAUUAAUUAUUGAUACAGAUAAUAAAAAUCAAAUUAAUUGUGAAGCUAGGGAAAAUAUUGAACCCGAUGAUCAUAUAAUUAAGAGAGAAUAUGAUGAUUUACCUGAUUAUAAUGAUGUUAAAAUUAAAACUGAAGAUAUGUUUAAUGCCAAUAAUGGAGUACAUCCAGAUAAAAUUAAUGAACCAGCUUCGGAAUUAAAUAGCAAUGCACAUUGCAAGUUAGAAUGUGAGUAUGUUUUGAAACAAUAUAUUUGCACGGAUGAUAUUACCCCCUUAGUGAAUGAAGAUUUGAAGGAAGAAACAGAUUUAUUUGAAGUACCCCAAAUAGGCGAAAUUCCUGAACAAUUCAUUAAUAGCAAUCCAAUUGAUGAUCCUAUGAAUAACGAUUUACUGAAAAAAUAUCAGUGCAAUCUCUGCAAUAAAUCAUUUACUAGAAAUGAUCGUUUAAAAAGUCACUUGGUAUCUGUUCACAGGAAUGAGAGAAAACACAAGUGUAAUAUUUGUCAAAAACUGUUUGUUCGCAGCGAUCACCUCAAAAACCACUUAGUAACUCACACUCGUGAAAAAUUGCAUCAAUGUUACCUGUGCCAAAAAUCUUAUUCCCGCAAGUACGAUUUAAAGAGUCAUAUAGCAACUCAUACCGAAGGCAAAAAGUAUCGAUGCGACAUUUGCGGAAAAUCGUUUAUGCGCCAGUACAGUUUGAAGGCUCACUUGAUUAUUCACAGAGAAGAGAAGAAGUACCAAUGUGAUAUUUGCCAAAAAACUUUUACUAAAGAAGAACGUUUCACGAGACAUUUGGCUACUCAUACCAAGGAGAAGAAUUACCAGUGUGAUAUUUGCCAAAAAUCAUUCAACCACCGUGAUACAUUGACCAGCCAUAUGAUUGUUCACGAUAAGCACAAAUUCGAGUGUGAUGUUUGCCUGAAAACUUUUGCUGUCGAAGACGACUUCACAAGGCAUCUGGAUACUCAUACUGAGGAGAUGAAAUACCAGCGUGAUAUUUGCCACAAAUCAUUCACUUGCCGUGGUAGCUUCACCAGACAUUUGAGUGUUGACGAUAAGAAAAAAUUCGAGUGUGGUGUUUGCCAACAAACUUUCGAUAUCAAAGACCACUUGACGAGGCAUUUGGCUAUUCACACCGAGGAGAAGAAAUACCAGUGUGGUAUUUGCCAAAAAGUCUUUACUUGCGACGAACGUUUAAAAAACCACUUUACUGUUCAUGUCAUGAAGAAAUGGAAGUGUAAUAUUUGCCAGAAAUCGUUUGCUCGUAAGGAUCAUUACGAAAGCCAUGUGGCUGUUCAUAAAGGUAAAAAGAAAUAUUUGUGCAAGUGUUGCGGAAGGGCCUUCUCCCGCAAGGAGUAUUUAUUAAAUCAUUCCGCCGUUCACAUUAAAAAAGUAAAACGGCAGUGCAACAUUUGCCAAAAAAAGUACUUUCAAACUCAUCAAUCGCCAAGUUAUAGUGUAGACAACAACGUUAUAAUAUGUUCUGAAAAAUGUUCGUUAAUUCAGAAAAAUUUUGUCACGAAAAUCAAAACAAAGUACGAUAUGUUUUUCAAAAUAAAUUAG